AGCCUGAUGGACACGGAGACAGAUGAGUACAUGGACUACACCGGCUGCAGCCCGGGUGCCGUGUCCUACGAGUCGUCCACCAUGGACCGGAGCUGCUACAGCACCCCGUGGGCAACGAGAGCACGGCCGCAGUGCCACUCUCGGAGCCACCCGGGGCCUGGCCCACCCCAUCAGCAGCCAGCCCAGCUUCCCGCCUGUCACUGCCACUCCACCUCCAGUAAAAAGUGACGUCCCCCUAGUUCAGGAUGCUGCAGGGAACACCAUCUCCAUGCCGACAGCCUUAGGGGCCAAGAAGCGCCUCUGGAUCAACGAGGGAAUGUCUCGGUUCGGGAAGAGCGCAAGAGGACCUCCUCUCCGCAAGAUGCUGGACGAAGGCAUGAUGCUUGGAGGCUUCCCGCCCUCCAACCUCACCAAGACUCUGUGCCCUGAGCCGACCUCCUUCCAGGGGGCCAGUCCUCCCAGGGCCCCCAUCGCCUUCUUCCACUCUGAGGACGGCUCACUGGGUGCCACUCCUGCAGGGACCACACCGCUGUCCUGA